CGGGGUGGAGCCCACCUUCGGGACGGGACCUCCAGCUCAAUAAGGACGGCCUCUGCUAUUUAACCACCACACCCUUCACACUCUCCAUAGCUGGGAUUGUUCUGCAAAGCAUCUGAGACCUGCUGAUCACCAAAGGACGUUCAGGAUGGCAAUGAUCCAGGAGUACUUAGGGCAGCUCACUUUGCAACUGGGUGGAGGGGAGCCCACAUACCCCACUGUGGUGGCAGAUCCCAAUUUUGAUCCAGAUAAGGAUGCUGCCAGAAUUGAGACAGCUAUCAAAACUAAAGGGGUGGAUGAGCAAACCAUAAUUGAUGUCCUGACCAAACGUACAUAUAAUCAACGGAGAGAAAUCGCGUUUGCGUAUGAAAGAAGAGCCAAGAAGGAUAUGAUCUCAGCCCUGAAGGCGGCGCUGUCUGGCUCUCUGGAAACAGUCAUCCUGGGCCUCAUGAAGAGCACCGCCCAGUAUGACGCCUCUGAAAUCAAAGCCUCCAUCAAGGGUCUGGGAACAGAUGAAGAGUCUCUGAUUGAAAUCGUUUGCUCUCGAAGCAACGCUGAGCUCUUGGAGAUUAAGAAAGUCUACAAGGAAUUGUUCAAGAAGGACCUGGAGAAGGAUGUGGCUGGAGAUACUUCAGGAGACUUCGCUAAACUCCUGCUGGCUCUGGUUGAGGCCAAGAGAGCCGAGCCCAGCUCUGUCGUUGACUACCAGAAAAUCGAUGAAGAUGCCAGAGCCCUCUAUGAGGCUGGCGUCAAGCGAAAAGGCACUGACGUGAAGUGCUGGAUCUCCAUCAUGUCCGAGAGAAGCGUUCCUCACCUCCAGAAAGUGUUCGAAAGAUACAAGAGCUACAGCCCUUAUGACAUGCAGGAGAGCAUCCGCAAAGAGGUGAAAGGAGAUCUGGAGAAGUCCUUCCUUACCUUGGUUCAGUGCUUUGAAAACAAACAGCUGUAUUUCGCCAACAGACUGCAAGACGCCAUGAAGAGCAAAGGAGCGAAGGAAAAGGUGCUGACCCGGAUCAUGGUGUCCCGGUGCGAGGUGGACCUCAAGAAGAUCAGACAAGAGUUCAAGGCUCAUCACGGGAAGUCUCUGUACCAGACCGUUGCUGAGCACACAAAGGGAGACUACCAGAGGGCUCUGUUGAGUCUGUGCGGUGGAGACGAUUAAGUCGACCGUCCUGAUAGAGUUUGGGAAGCACUACGAGAAGGACUUGAGCUCUCCAGGUCCAGACAUGGAUCUUCUGGGCCUGGCCUUGAAUAUAGUCCCUACUGCAGCUUUAGAGACAAGCUUCCAGUAAACAUGCACUCGCUUAGACUGGAAAUAACCAUGCGAUUUCCAAGAAGGAAAAGCCUAAGAGCCCUUUAGAGACACAGUCUCAGUCAAAUAUAGAGAAUCAGCAAUGAUACUGCUGCAUUUUUGAAGUUCUUGCACACAGAAAAUAUACACUUGUACGUUUACCCCUUUUUUCUAUACUGAGAAAUAAAACAAAAUAAAACCGUUCA